AUCCCAAAUUAAAUUUUCAUGCAACAAAGCCCAAAAAGAAUAAAAGAAAAGGAAAUUAAAACACAGAAAAGAAGACGAAAAGUUUGAAAGGCAGGGCGAGUGAACUCAAGUGACGAGUGACUCUUGGAGUGGCGUUUGGGCGCCAAAAGCGUUUUUAGACUUACCAAAGAAGCUUCGAGAAAUGUCUGGAAAGGCCAAAAGAAGAGACGAUGACGCUGCCUCCGACGCCGACUCCGAGGGCCACGCGCCGCCCAGGAAGGCCAUCAAGAAAGAUUCCGACGACGACUCCGACUCCAUCUUCGUAUGCGAGAUUUCGAAGAACAGGAGGGUUUCGGUGAGGAACUGGCAAGGCAGGGUCGUGGUUGACAUUCGCGAGUUUUACCUCAAAGAUGGCAAGCAAAUGCCUGGCAAGAAAGGUAUCUCGUUGACCAUGGAUCAGUGGAAUGUGCUUCGUGGUCACGUUGAAGAAAUUGACAAGGCAGUUAGUGAAAGUUCUUAGGAAAUUAGGCAUCAAGUCAUUCUGCUAAUCGUUUAUGUAGUUUUUUUGGAUUAGUAGAAGCACAGUUAAGGGUUUUGUUGUGUGUUUUGUAUAAUUGAAUCCUUUGAGGUUGGUUUGUAGGAUUUGGAUUUCAACCUCAGGUUACUGAUGCAUGUAAAGUGAUCAGUUAUAUAUGCAAGUAGUUAGUUAACUCUUCUGCUACCA